CUUAGUGGGAGCUGAUGCCGCUGCUCUGGGACAAGCCCAAACUGUGGAGGCAGCCGGGCUCAGUGGUGUGUGGACAGGCAGUGCUGCUGGAGGCACCGCUGCAUCUCAGAGUCUGAUGGAGGAGGAGGUCACAGAACCCGAUCCUCAGAUGGUGGAGCCCACCGACAUGCCCCCGCCGGGGAUGCACUUUGAGGUAAACGGAGACUUGCCGGGGAACCCUUACCUGAGGGACGGGACGGAGGAUGUGAUGGAGAGUCCGACGAGGGAGCCUGAUGUGCUGCAGUAUCCUGCUGAGUACAGUCAGAGCCACCAGUACGGGGAGAAGAUGCCGUUCCACCAUGUGACGGCAGGCCUGCUCUACAAAGGGAAUUACCUGAGCCGCUCGCUGUCGGACAGUGACAGCGAUGUUCUGGCCAGCAUCUCUGUGGAGGAGCUCGACGAGAUCCGGGAGGCGUUUAAGGUCCUGGAUCGGGACGGAAAUGGGUUCAUUUCCAAACAGGAGCUGGGCAUGGCCAUGCGCUCUCUGGGUUACAUGCCCAGUGAGGUGGAGCUGGCCAUCAUCAUGCAGAGACUAGACAUGGAUGGUGAUGGACAGGUUGAUUUCAACGAGUUCAUGACUAUCCUCGGACCCAAACUGCUGUCGUCUGAAACCAGAGAAGGAUUCCUGGGCAGCACAAUAGAUACCAUCUUCUGGCAGUUCGACAUGCAGAGGAUCACGCUGGAGGAGCUCAAACACAUCCUCUUCUACGCCUUCCGUGAUCACCUGACCAUGAAGGACAUCGAGAACAUCAUCAUCAACGAGGAAGAGAGCCUGAAGGAAAACUCUGGGAACUGUCAGACAGAGUUUGAGGGAGUUCACCCUUCAAAGCAGAACCGUCAGACGUGCGUGAGGAAGAGCCUCAUCUGCGCCUUCGCCAUGGCAUUUAUCAUCAGCGUCAUGCUCAUCGCAGCCAAUCAGAUGCUGAGGAACGGCAUGGAGUAGCCGCUCCAUACUGUGAGCGGGGGACCAGCCAGCCUGCAUGUGCAUGCCAGUGGGUGAGGUCAUAUCCCUGCUGAUAGGACUACAAGGAAUAACACUCAAAAUAAUCAGAGACAAAAUCCAUUUUUGAAAUUAUUUUUAGCUUUUUCAACGAGGUGCACCUCUCCACCAAACGUCCAAUGAAAACCGUGAAGCCAGCAUGAGGAGUCAUGCCGUAUUCCUCCCCCUUUACUCUGACAGGGACACUCAAGGGCUGACAUUACACAGAAUAAUUGUCCUGUCUGUUUCCCUGAUGCAAUAAAAAAAAAAAGUUAAAGAAAAGCUCCGUUCAGUGCAGGAGUUCAGAGCUGCUGAGAUGUGAAGCUUGUGUCUGCAGAUCUGUCACCCACCAUGAGUCUGAUGAGCUACCAGUCUGGGAGGCAAUAAGUGGAAAGGAACAAUCGCCCCCUUAUUAUCGUUCCUGGAAGGACAAUGCUCUGCAGAGCCCGGCGCCGCUCAGACAGAAGGGUCUGAAUGUGUUGGGCCAAAGCUCCUGGAGCUCUCCUGGUGCUACGAUACUUGAGCUCUCCAAUAACAUUUAUUUUUUCAGCUGCUGCGUCUGUGGGCUGGUGCGAGGUGCUGGCAUCAGUUCACCAGCCGGACAAACCAAGCCGAAAAGUGAGGGAAGUGUUGAAUGGUAGCUGCAGACUUUGUUUUGGCAUUCAUAAUGAACCCUGCAUGAUCUUCGGGGUGAACGCUGCUCCAAGUGCAGAGAUCAGGUUUAAGUGUCAAAGGUUAAAUGCAUCUUUUCAAUGCUCUUUCACCUUUUUAUCACUGGAACUGAACAUGUCAUUUAUGCUUUAUUUAAUUUUGAAAAAUAUUCUUGCUGAAAACAUCACCAGCACCAGAGGAGAAUCAAGAAUAGGUGAUGCUGAGUCUGCAUGGGUCAGCAUUAGAGAAUGGUUGAGGUACAGCAGCAAUGACACACAAGUUCAAAACACUGAAGAGAUUUUUUAUUCAGUCCCACUGAAUUUACGUUCUGUCAGCUUUUACUAUCACAUUAACUCUAGUAGGAUGCAUCACAUGACAACACUUAUUUUUGAUUGUUCCCUUUACAAAUAAGUUAAGUUAGGUUAACUCAAACAGAAAAAAAUAGUUUUGAAAAAGUUGGGACACUUUGUAAGAUGUGAAUUGAAACAGAAUAUGGCUAUUUGUAAAUCAUUUUCAACCUCUAAUCGAUUGUAUACAGCACUAAGAUGAGGUUCAAACUGAUCAACUAAAUUGUUCUUUGAAAAUAUACACACAUACAGAAUUUGAUGCGUGCAACACAUUCCAAAAAAGUUGGGAUUGGAGCAUGUUACUUUACUUUUUCCUCUAACAAUACUCUGGUAAGUCUGUGGAGACUGAAGACACUCAUUGUUGAAGUACUGAAAGUGGAAUUUCUCCCAUUCUUGCUUUAUUUACAUCAUAAGUUGUUGUUGCAGAUGGCCUGAAGGUUGGGGUCAUGUCCCAUGUAAGUGUUCAGGUCAUGUCUGUGGCUCUUUUCCCACACGUCUCUCCCCUACUCUCUCAUUCCUGUUUUUGACUAGAUCCAUAACUAAAAGCAUAAAAGCAUUCCUGUAUAGAUAAGGGCAUAAAAUGGCCAAAAAUAUAAUUGAAAAAGAAAGAAGAAAAAAAAAACAAGUGGCAGUUUUGAUUUUUGUAUUUUGCACUCCACAUUGUGCCAUACAUUUUCAGUGGGAAACAAGUCUGGAAUGCAUCUAGGCCGGUCUAGUACCCACACUCUCACUGUGAAGCCAUGCUGUUGUAACUCAUGCAGAAUGUGGGCAUUGUCUUGCUGAAAUCAACAGGGACCUUUCUUUUAAAGCUGUCUGGAUGGAAGUUAGCCUCAUAGCAUAACUGCCUAUGCCAUAUUUUAAGGUUUGCAGAAAACAAGAAAAAAACACAUUUUGGUAAACAGAGAUUUUUUUAUUUAAUUAUACUCUAACAGUAAUUUCUACCAGAUGUGUGAACAAGUUUCUCACAAAAGAAAAACCACAACAAGGUUUAUGUAAAAUAAAAUUGCCUAGAUUAUGAUAAAUGGAUGACUAAUGGACUGUAACAAGCACCCUGAUUGGCUGAGGAUAUCGGCAAUAAGGCACAAUGAAUCGGUAGAGUAAGGCAGACAUCUCAGUUCUGCCAAAAAUGACUUCAGCAAUUAUGCUAUGAGGCUAAUGGUAUGUUGCUCCAAAACCUAUAAGAACCCAUCUCAGUCCUGAUGGUGCCUUCCCAGAGGUGCAAGUGACCCAUGCCAUGGGGACUGAUACACCCCCACACCACUGCAGAUGCUUUUGAACUUUGCAUUGAUAACCGUGUAGAUAGCCCUUUCUUCUUUAGUUCGACGGCCUCUGAUUCCAAGAACAAUGUGUAAUGUGGAUUCAUCAGACCACAGCACACUUUUCCACCUCAGGUCAGUCAUCUUGCGUAUGUACUCGUCCGAUACAGCAGGUGGUGGUAUUUCUGUGGCUGGUUUACAAACCUGCCAAGGAGGAGAAAGACGAAGCUAUCAUGGCCACCACUUGGGUUUGUUUUAACCUGGCAAAAAUGUCCAUCCUGCCACAUGAUUUAAAAUCACUUUUUAAGAUAUCAUCAAUGUCACUCUUUGUGUCUGCACAUCUAUGUGCAGCUCAGUGGAUUAAAUGGGCUCAAGCUGUGUGGAUACAGUGGUUUUUGAGGUGACAGGAGACCUUUAUUGCCUUUGCGUCUCAUCUCAUUGACUCAAACCUGUGUUUAUCUGUAAGGUGAGUUGUAAAAGAUUGUUUGUUGAGUUGAUUCUGAUGAUUACUGCCUUUUAUUGAGGAAAAAUGUGAACAAACUGCUGUGCCGUGUAAAGAAAUUUAGUUUUUAACGAUGAUGUCAUAUAGCUGUGUUACGACCACAUCCUAUCUGAACCAUGCCAGAGUACGCAUGAAUCGAGCCCGAGACCACCUCCCCAAGUGGGGUGUUGGGGUGCAGUUCGUUUGCAUUCACACUGACCAAAACAAACCAGACUUUGGGCUCAAAUGCACUUGGAUCUGGGACCGGGCCCCUGGUGUGAAAGCCACUUCAAUUUAUUGCAGUUGCAAGUUGAGCAGGUUUGUUCACACAGUCUGCCACAAGCCAGAGAACUCCACACAAUCACUGAUUUUGAAUGACUGAGCCUUUCAGUACCAUAAUGGUUUCCAAUGAACCUACUUACCUGUAGGAUGUACAAGUAGUUUUUAAGCAUUCUGGAACUUUCCCAGCAUUUUCUUGCCUGUGUCCCAACUUUUUUGGAUUUUGUUACUGGCAUGAUAUCCAGAGUGUGUGUCAGUUUAAAAAAGAAAAAUUGAGUAGUGUAUGGUCCUUUUUUGCUCUCUUGUUUGGAGUAUUGAAAGUCUUGUCUUUGACUGAUUAUGGGUUAAAAGGUUCUGCAAAUAACUGUAUUGCAUAAUGUCCCAACUUUUUUGGAAUUAAGGUUUAUAAAUUAGUUUUUGGGUUUAAAUUUACUGCACACCAAGUUGUGAUUUAUUUUUAAUUUCAAACUAAUGAAAAGGUGUGCAGUUCUUGAGCAUUUUAACUGAUUUAAAGUUUAUAUUGCAUUUUCAUGUUUUUAAGGCAUAAACAUCUCAUCCUUCUAACGAAAGCUCUCAUUUAAAGAGCUGAAACAUCGGUCAACUAUCAUUUAGAUUAUUUAUAAUUAGUACUUUGAAGCAAAAAUGCUUCUUACACUUGAUUUGUUCUUCUUGAUGUGCAGGCUCACUUAAGUCAUCAUGUAACCUCUGACAGAGACAUUUGAUGCUUUUUGACUGUGUAUUAAUUUAAAACUUGGUGGAUGUGUAACCUGUCCCACAGCAGCACUGAACUGUCCCAGAGACCCCUGCUUUUGGUCCUGAACUCCUGCACUGACUCUCAUCUCCACAUGUUUCCCCAGCCAGGGGCCAGACACGCUCAUACUAUCAUGUGCAUGCGAUCAAGUCGGUGUCUGCUGUAAAUAAUGUAACCACGUUGAAAUAAGUGUCUCACUUGUCUGUUGAGGGUCUGCUAUCCCCUCUGUGUGUGUGCAUGAGUGUCGGUGCUCUCUGCUCACUCGGGUGCAGAGGUGCAGAGAGGGAGCUCGACUGCUUCAUCACAGACAGACGCAGGCGGUGAAGACCCUUUCUGCUCCUUCUGGACCCUCCUGCCAAAGCCAUAGAACUCUGCAGAGGUGAACCUCACAACACAACGUAGACGCUUUUCUCUGCCCUCUCACAGAAACUCCAGAUCAAAAGCAGCAUUUCCGGGCAGAAAUGUGAGUCUCAUGAAUGAUUUGGUUUGUUUUUGUCAGUGUUUUUGCUUUGUGCUUGUCGUCCUGUCCAACAGACUGACGAGGAGGGCUGAAGGUGUGAGCAAGAGCGCCCUCUAGAGGUGAAGAGAGAUCAAAUCCUCCAUGCUGUUCUCCAUCACACAUGUAUUUCUCCCUGUAAUCACAGCAGAGUGUGACUACAGGCAGCGUGUUCAUGUUGAUAUUUAAUGUUGCAGAUUUUUAUGUCUAAUGUAAAGGUUGACUCUGAUCUACCGUCUGCAGGUAGAGCUGCACUUGUAUGUUAACACAUAUUUAAACACGUGUAUUUAUAGGAACAGAUCUCUUGCCUAUGGCAGAAAAAGUCCGAUUGAACCUGUAAAAGGUUCCUCACAAAGACGAUUUACUGAUGACUGAGUAAAAGAGCACUCGUGCAGAAAUCUGCAAACCUUGUAGGUCACACUGGUUCUGUUUGUUAAAAGUCUCAUUAAUAAAAUAAGCUUUUUUAAUUCUUGCACCACUGAUUAAAAAAAAAAAAAACUGACCACAAAACUCAGAAGUGUCACUGCUGUCAUGUAGUGGUCAGCUGGAAAAGUGUUUUCUCCUUUUCCUUUAAAAAACUCUCCUUCACAUUUAAUUUUUAUUUGUGUUGGGGUUUUAUUUUGGCGGGGUUUUAACAGUUUUCCUGUCCCAGCCUGCUCCUACUGAAGGGUUGCAUGUCUCCAUCAUAGAAGUAGACUUUUAUUUUGGAGGGGAAGUGCACAGUGUCUCAGUAGCAUGAUUGGAUCCUCUGUUUUUGUUAUGUAACUUUGUACAUAGCUAAUAAGAUAGCAUAUCUACUAGACAAGCACACACUAUACAUACUUUGCAUGUGCGAUAUUUAAACCUGUAGAUUAGAGACAGAUUUUAAGUUGUAAUAUUUAUUAGAGACGUAAUAAUUAUGAUAUUGUAAAUAUGGGAACUUGUACAAUGGUGAAAGGAUCAAGCAUUGAGGCAAUAAAACUGUGUUUUUUA